AUGCACUCCACGUUUCCCUCUCGUUUCCUCACUCUCACUCGUCGUCUCCCAUCUUCCUCCAGUCAUUCUCCCACUUUCACCUGGUCUCCCCACCACCCUCCCCUUCCCCCUUUCCCUCCCCUCCGCCCUCCCCCCUUCUCCCGCCCUUCCCCGUCCCUCUCGCCGUUCACCAGCAAUCUGCAGGAUGCGGGCCUCACGGAUGCGGGCCUCACGGGCGAUCUGCCCGCCGCCGUUUUCCAGCUCACCUCGCUGCGUUCGCUCAAUCUGGCGCUGAAUCCGAAGCUCACAGGCAGCCUGCAUGACGCCCUUGGCAACCUCGCCCUGCUCACAUUGCUCGACGUGCACGGGUGCAACCUGACGGGGUCCAUCCCAGCCACGGUGGGGCGGCUGGCGGGCCUCAAGUACUUUCUGCUCAACCAGAACGGCCUCUCGGGCUCCAUCCCAUCGACCGUCAGCGCGCUGCAGCAGCUCUACAUGUGGGACAUCAUGGAUAACUACAUUGAAGGCACCGUUCCAUCCUUUGUGGGCGCCAGCGAGCUCGUGCACCUGCUGGUGGACGGCAACUGCCUCACCCAUCCUAAUAUUUCUGUCCCUCUUUCUCCUCCCUCCAAUCCUCCACCCAAUCCUCCCUCCAAUCCUCCACCCAAUCCUCCCUCCAAUCCUCCACCCAAUCCUCCCUCCAAUCCUCCCCCCAAUCCUUCCCGCAUCACGGGGCAUCACAGGCUGGUGGACGGCAACCGGCUGCGGCACCAACCUCACUGUCAUGUGCGUGCCACCAACCUCACUGUCAUCUACUGGAGUAACAACGUGCUACCCAGCCUGGCCACCACGUGGUUCCUCCCUAAGCUCAAGGACUUCCACCGCUGCUUUGGCCUCAUCAUGCGGUGCAUCUGGUGUCGGGUGGACGGCCGUGCUGCCGCUCCUUCCCUCUGCCCUCUCCCCCCCUCCCACUACAGCAACCUGGCGAAUAACGAGCUCAGCUUCUUCCUUCCCCAAGAGAUCACCACUGCCUCCCAGCUGCAAUCCCUCUUUCUAGCGGACAAUAAGAUGACGGGCGCCAUUCCCGACAUGUCGGGACUGCCAAACUUGGUCGCACUCUCCCUCUUCGACAACGACUUUACUGCCGUGCCGCCCCGCCUGCUCAACCAAACCAAAAUCACUCUGCAGCUGUACGGCAGCGAGCUAUGCAAGCCCUUCCGAGCAGAAAUCUACCAGCAGUGCUCCCCGCCGCGGGCACUCAGGCAGUUCAUCGCGGGACCCUUGUGCCCCGCGCUCGCGUGCGCCAGCGACCUCUUCCGCGCCAGCCAGCCGCUGUUCCGCAGCACGCGCGAGUGCGUGUGCGUGUCACCGCUGCGCGCCGACCUGGGGCUGUACCUCACGGACCUCGUUGUGUUCUCCACGGAGCUCGUCCGGCGCCUCGAGGAGAAGCUCGUCUCGGAGCUGGCGGGCAGGGCGCACAUCAACAUCACACGCAAUCAGGUGCAAGUGACGAGCAUCAGCAGCCGUGCAGCACUCGCCUCACUGGCGUCAACAUUCGCGUCGGACCACACCACACACGAGUCCACGCUCAUCAUCACCGCACUCUUCUUCCCGCCCGCCGGGGACGACUCCUGGCUCCCGCGCGACACGCCGAGCGCCAUCCGUACGGCCCUUUCCACGCGCGACCCAUCGCUGCGCGCCAACCUGGACGAGUUCGGGUCGUACCGCGUCGAGGCCUUCUAUGGGCCUGCUCCCUACACACCCCCGGGACAGCCCGCAUCAUCUGGGCUGAGCAUAGGCGCCAUCGUGGGCAUCGCUGUGGGCUGCGCCACUCUUGUCAUCUCCCUCGUGCUCGUACUGCUCCUCCGCCCCUGGAAGAAGCGAGGUGAGCCUGCGAAGCGGGAGGGUGAGCAAGUAGUGUCCUACUCAUUGCGCAUGUCUGUCAUCAAUGCUGUUAGCCUGCUGAGGGUGGAGCAGUGCGGACUGUUGUGCACCAAGUAUGUCCUAGAGGGUGGUGUUGAAAGGCACUGUCGUGCAGCUCACUUGUUGCCUUCUCCCCCCUCCCCCAUUCUCACCCCUCCCCCAUUCACCCCCCUCCACCAUUUAUCCCCCUCCCUCAUUCACCCCACUCCCCCGUUCACCCCUCUUCCCUAUUCAUCCCUCUUCCCCAGUUAUCCCCCUCCCCGCUCUCUCGCCCAUUCACUCCUCUCCCAUUCACCACUCCUCUCCCAUUCAUCCCUCUCCCCCAUUCACCCCUCUUCCCCAUUCACCCCUCUCCCCCAUUCAGCCGUCCCCCCCAUUCACCCCCCCCAUUCUCCCCCUUCCCCAUUCACCCCGUCCCCCAUUCGCCCCCCUCCCCCAUCUAGACAUGAGCAACAAGGCAAGUAA